UUUUUUUUUUUUUUGUAAAAAUUCUUUUUCCUAACUGAUUUAAGGUUAUGACAUUGACAGAGAUAUUUGUAGAAGCUGAAAGCUUUGGAAUCUUGAGAGGAUUAACUUGCAAUUAUGGAUAGGUUAAGCCAAUUGCCUGAUGAACUUCUCUUGAGAAUAUUGUCGUUACUACCUGCGAAAGAUGUUGUGGUCACAAUGGUUUUGUCUAAACGUUGGCAAUUUCUUUGGAUGUUUGUGCCAAAACUUGUGUACGAUGAUAGCUAUCAAGAUAUCGAUUACGGAAGAUUUUCGCGGUUUGUAGACAGGUGUUUGAUAUUGCACAAGGCUCCAGUGCUAGAAACUUUGCAUUUCAAACUUGGUCAACUCUGUGAUGGCGAAGAUAUUCAUGUAUGGAUUAGAGCUGCAAACAAAUGCUCUGUGCGUGAGCUGAUUAUCGAAAUCGACACUUCUUUUAGUGCAUCACCAGCCAUUCUUCCAAGGAGUUUCUACACAGAGAGUAGCAUGCUUGUCUCACUGAGCCUAAACAAUGUGAUUCUUUUGGAUGUUUAUUACUCAGUUUCGUUCCCAUCACUCAAAACUUUGGGCCUUUUAGCCGUCAAGUAUCCAGGCAACGAAUUUGUCAACAGUCUUUUGUCCAAUUGUCAUGUUCUUGAAGACUUGGGUGUGGAACAAUGCGCAGAUGACAAUGUGAACAUUUUCACCGUUAAAGUUCCAUCUCUCAAGAGUUUAGCCUUGCAUUCAUCAGAUGAUAGAGUUGAAGACGAUGCACAAGGGUUUGUGAUAGAUGCUCCUUCUCUGGAAUGGUUGGAUCUUGUUGAUUAUAUGGGUGGGUUUUGUGUCAUUGAGAGUAAUAUGCCAAAGAUUGUACAGGCAUAUAUUGACGUCACUUAUAGUCUUCCUCAGAAGAUUCUGAGUUGUAUUACUUCAGUCCAGCAUCUCGACUUAUGUUUACUUACCUCACAGGAUGCUUAUCCUGUUGGUAGUAUCUUCCCAUCUCUUGUAUGUUUAAAGAUAUGCACAUGUGAGACAGAAUGGUUGAAUCUACUUAUGCGUGUGAUUAAAGAUUCACCUAAAUUACGAGCUCUUAAACUUGGGCAGUCACAUGACCGUCUAGCUAACCAAACACGCUCUUACUGGAGUGAACCGAGUUCUGUUCCUGAAUGUGUGUUAACGAAUCUUGAAACCCUCGAAUGGUUAGAAUAUGAAGGAAUAAAAGAAGAGAAAGAAGUUGCGGCUUAUAUCUUAAGAACUGGAAGCUGCUUGAAGAAAGUAACUAUAAAACCUAAAUCCACCAGCCACCGCAAGAAACUUGAAAUGAUCAAAGAGUUAUCGUUUUCACCUAGAAGUUCGCCUUCUUGUCGGCUUUCGUUUGACUGAAGUUACAGUUUCAGGCUUUCAGCUACGAUGGAGAAGAAAUGUUACCUCGACUUGUUGGGACAAGGCACUGAAUCCAAAAUCAGAGACUUUCAGAUCAAUUUUUCUAGUGGUUUGGUCUGAAUCUUAAGCACUUAAUUGUGUCUUUCUUUACCAAAACAACAACUUUCUUAUGUUUUCUAUGAUCUUUUGUUCAAUUUCUGUAAUUUCUAUCUCUUCCAUUUAGGUACGG